GACAGCUUUCACUUGAUUUUACUUCAGGUAGGAAAAUGUCUACUGGUAACGAGUUUGUAAAGGUUUUUUACAGAAUUUUUCCUACCGAGAAACCUUGCUGGGAUUUGAUAAAAGUUAAAGAUAAGACUAAAGUAUAUUUGAGGAACUUGCAGCAGUUGUCUGAUCCAAGUAAAUCUAAACAGCCACCGAUUUAUUGGGAAUUCGAAACUGAUGGGGUUUUCUUCAACAGCAGGCAAGAGUUUGUAUAUUCGGAAGUCACUGGAGACAUUUUGCAGAGGGUGAGCAAGGGUUCUAAUGGAAUAAUAGCUGUUUUUGGACAACCCGGGUCGGGAAAAUCUUUAACUGCAGCUGGAUUACAACUGUCAGAAGAGAAUCUAGGCCUAGCUCCAAGAGUGAUCAAUGGGUUGUUUUCCCUAAAGAGAACUGUACCAAGAAACUUGAGAAUGUGCAUACAAAUGUCUUAUGCUGAGUUUUCAAAAAAUGCUGUUACAGAUUUACUCAAAGAAUAUCCAAACAAUCUAGACGUAUGGCACACCAAAGAAACCAUUACUAAAGUCAAAGUGAAAUCCCAACUGGAUGCCUUGAAAUUGUUAUAUAUAGGUGAAGGUAGAAAAAGUUCUGUACAAGUUGGAAAUUACAUGUCCCAUAACAAUACGAGUGUUGUUACUUUCCAUGUAACAACAAUGGAUAUUGACUUCAGUCAUCCUCAACAAAUUGCGUCAAGGUUGCAUAUCAUUGAUAUGGCUGGAGUUGAAUCCAUUGGUGGUGAGUCUUGUACCUACAAAAACCCUUCGGAUGUUGGGUAUGCAAAUUUGGAUAAAUUAAAUUUGGGAAUAUUUCUAUCGUGCCUCACAACAAAAAAUCCAGAACUGAUCAGAAUCAAGCAAAGGAUGAAUCCUCUGAUGUAUUACCUGGGAAAUGAUCUGAGUUGCCAAAACAUAUCACGUUUUGUAGGGCAUAUCAAAAUUCUACGAGAAAACUUGCCAAUUACCAUGUCUAUGUUGAGAUUUGGACAACUCUUGAAGGGAUACAAACCAACCCAGAAAGAAUUGGAAAUCGAACUUGAUCCUGAGUAUAAAAUCAAAUAUUUACAGCGUCAACUCGAGAAAUUGCACAGGGAGAAACUUCAAAAUUCCGUUCUUUUGAAUCAAGAUCUAACGUCGAAUUUGAGCUGCGAUCGAAUGGACCAUCUUCAAAGAACAGUAAACGAAUACUUGAAAGGCCGUAUCUCUGAUGUUGGUGUAAUGAACGUAGCCGAUGUUUCGGUCGUUUUCAAGCUGUUCAAGGAGAUGUGCAAUCAGCUGGAAGUGGAAAGGAAUAAAUUAUUACGGGACAGAAUGCACGAUGAGGAGUAUCCUGUGAGAAAAGGGACAUCGAAAGGGUCUUCCAGUAUGAGCUCGCUCAGAGAACGAAGAGGUUCGAUUGUUAGAAGAGUAUCAAAAAAAGUGAAGGAAUCUCCAUCCAUUACGGAGCACCGAAUGAGCGUAGAAAAAAUCGAGAAAUCUACGUCAGUUCAGUCUAUAUCAGAGUUGAUGAAAUCUAAAAUGGGGAAAACUGAUAAAUCAUCCGCUUCCAUAGCAAAUAUGAACAAAAGGAAACCAUCCAAAGAGAAAACAACCAAAUCAUCCUUAGCAAACAUAAGACGAACCGCCUCGAUAUCCAAACGAAAGUCGAAUGCUAGCGUUUCAACUUUUGAUAAUAGGGUUUUAGUGAGCGAGUUUCAUUUAAUACCUGAUGAAUUACCAGAAAAUCGAGAAGUGUGGAAGUUGUACAUUACCGAACCUUCGUACAAAAGUCUGGUCGAAGAAUAUAAAAACAACGAGAGUUUUAUAAUGUCUACAUAUUCUAACUAUGUGGGAGAUAUUGAGAAAUUACAGGGCAUGAAAGAUACUGUCGAAAAUAUUAAGCAUGAUAUUGCAGAGGCCAAUGUGAUGAGAAAAUUCAAUGUUUGUAACAAAACAGCAGACAAUAUGCUCACGGAAUCCAUACUUGCUGAAGCUGAACUCAUAUGCAAGGAGAAUUUGGAAAAUGCCCAGAGGGAGCUAUUAGAACAACAAGAAACAGUGUUGAGAAGUCAGGCAGAGCUGAAAAUGUAUUUGAGUAUUCGAAAAGAUUUGAAGAAAAGAGUGAAUACCGAUUUUGAACAUUACUGUAAAGAAAAAUUCAGUGUCGUAUUUCCAAAUAUGAAGAAUCUUAGCGAAGAAGAAACGGUAAUCAAUGAUACAAAAUAUUCGACGGGAAACAGCGAAGAAAAAAAUAUUGAAGUCGGUAAAUCGAUGAAAUCAAUUUCUCAACUGAGUAGCCUGAAGAAACUGAUGAUCAAGGAACAUAUCAAAAAUGAAAAAACCAAACAACUUUCGCGAAUAACUUGGACGAAUUUGCCAAAUAGAUCAUCUUUCUCAGGCCCUAAAUAAACAUUAAAACAUUGAAA